AUGUUUGUCGGAGCACGUCUGCCUGAGCCCAUAAUCCCCGUGGACCCUUCAGACCUGCUCUUGAGCGCUCUGUGGGUGGUGCGCUCUGACUGGAACUAUCUGCGCAUCGGAGCCGCUCCUACCUUCCGGUCCCUGAGCUCGGCCUUGGACGGCGUGGAGGGGCUGGACGCCGGGCUCACCGGGGCACUGCGGCUGCCUCCCGAGAACCGGGAGCGAAACGCAGACAACCACUUCAUCUUCAGAGUCAAACCGUCCCAAACUCCACAAAACACAGACGUAAUACACCCAAAAAUACCAUGA